GCACUGGCAGUCAGCCGGCGGCCAUAAUAAUAAUAAAAACAUUCUGGUGAUUGUUGCAUAAAAUUCAUAUUGAACAUUUUUACCUGAUACCUGCUUAGAACCGGACACUCAAAACACGCAACACCAUGUACAGAAAGGCGUGUGCGUCGGGCAUGCAACUAAUUCGCAGAUCAGUGCCCACAGUGCGUUGUCUUGCCACAAGUAGCAGCAGCAGCAGCCAAAAUCAGGAGCAGCCGCAGCAACCGUCACCGGCGCUGCGUCCACGUGCCAAUGCGAUGACCGAUGAGAUCAUACGCGUGGAUCAUGCUGGCGAGCUGGGCGCCGAUCGUAUCUAUGCUGGCCAAAUGGCCAUAUUGGGCAACGGUCCCAUGGGCAAGACCAUUGAGCAUAUGUGGGAGCAGGAGAAAUGCCAUCGCAAGCAAUUCGAGCAGCUGAUACAACAGCAUCGCGUCCGGCCGACAAUUAUGACGCCAAUUUGGAAUGUGGCUGCCUUUGCGCUGGGCGCGGGCACUGCGCUGUUGGGCGAAAAGGCGGCCAUGGCAUGCACCGUUGCCGUUGAGACGGUCAUUGUGGAGCACUACAACGAUCAGUUGCGUCAAAUUAUGGAGUCACCCAAUCCGGACAAGGAACUGCUCGAGACAAUAACAAAAUUUCGUGACGAGGAACAGGAACAUCAUGACACGGGCAUCGAUUGCGGCGCCGAGCAGGCGCCCUUCUACAAGGCCAUGACCGAGGUCAUCAAGUUUGGCUGCAAAACGGCCAUUGCCAUAUCCAAAAAGAUCUAAACUCCAAUUGAGGCACUAUCAAAUUGUUAGGUGUGUGCGUGCGUGUGUUUAGUUAUAGAAGCAUUAAGCAUUAAAGAUAUGUAUUUAUACAUAUAUACCUGUAC